UGUAAUGCCUAAGUCAUCAAAGAAAGACUUAAGUGCUGAUGAUAUACAUCUGAUUGAACAAGGCACCAUUGGUCAGUCUGAGAAUGAGGCAUGGCACGAUUACAGAAAAGGCCGAUUAACUGCCUCUAAUUUCUAUAGAGUGUACACAAAAGUUGAAACCCUUAAAACUAAGGGGGGUGAUGCACAGGAACUAGUGGACACAAUCCAGGGUAAAAGUAAUGGACCGUCGGAACAUUUACCUGCUCUAAAAUAUGGAAGAAACAUGGAGAAAGUUGCUAAGGAUAAGUAUGUGAAACUGUUUCAGAGGGAGCACAAAGAUGCAAAAUUCAGAGAGUGUGGACUAUUUAUUGAUGAAUCUGACCAAUUCAUUGGAGCAUCCCCUGAUCUUCUUGUUGAAUGUUCCUGUUGUGGAUUAGGGGUGCUAGAAGUGAAGUGCCCUUAUUCUAUUGUUAAUGAUUUACCAUCAGAAGACAAUCUUUCCUACCUGGUAAAGAUUAAUGGCAAAAUUGUCUUGAAAGAGAAGCAUGCAUAUUUUGCACAGAUACAGGGACAAAUGGCUGUGACAAAGAGAACAUGGUGUCACUUCCUGGUCUACACCCAAAAGGGUUAUCAUCUGGAGCUAAUCAAGUUCAAUAAUGAUUACUGGGAAAAGAUAAAGCAAAACCUAAUUUGGUUUUAUAAUAAGUAUUUAAGUGAAUGAAUGCUCGUUAAUUAUAACUUGAUACAAAACUUUAUUUACAUGGUGUAAACACUAAAAAUACAUUUGUACAUUUUAUAUACAAUUUAGAAUUUUUACAAUUUCAUAUCUGGAAAAACUGGUCUGACAGUUCUAAAUUGAACUCAAAUAGUCUCUGAAUAGAACAGUAAAAUUGUCUGUUGUGGAAACUGGAAUGGAUGAAUCAAAUCAUGAAAUUUUAUACAAGUAAUGCAUUGACCACACUUCAGUAUGAUUGAAAAUGUUACAGUUUGAUAUUGUUUGCAGUUAUAUAUAUAGUAAUAAUAAAUAAUAUAUUAUUUAUUUGUGUUCAGCGACACAUGAGCUGUGAAAUGAAGAAAAAUAUUUACAAAUUAUAUCUAAUGAUUGUAAUCACUCUACCAGAAUAAUUUUUCUCUUGUGAGGUCCUUGUGGUGCAAAUAAUAUAACAGUUCUUAUUCAGAGUGCACAUACUUAAUAGCUGAAGCAUUAAAUGGUACUAAAUCAUACUAUUACUUAAUUUUCUUGUUAUGUACCAUUAUCAACACUAUUUAGUAUUAUUUGGUACCAUUUGUAUGAAAGAUUAAGUGAUUGCACUCUAUACUAGUUGCUAGUAAAGUAGAGCAGAGAUUUUGAAUAACAUUUAACCUAAGAAAGAACUUAGACUAAUACAUAUUGGUAUCCUCUAAAUUUAUGAAGUUUAUAUUCUUUCAUGGGUUAAAUGCUGUCAAUCUUUUUAGCUAUUUGUACAUUUCUUGUUAAUCAUUUUUUACCCAAGGGUCUAUACAAGUUACAUAAGGCUGCACAAAUAAGUACAAUGUUGUCUAUACUGCCAAGCAGUGAUAUUGGUAGUUCAUGCUUUAUCAGUCUAAACGUCUUCAACCGUCUUAUUGCUUGCUCAACAAAGAUUCUAAGAUUUGCAAUUUCUUUUGUUUUAGCAACUUCAGCUUUAGUGAACUGCUCUUGUCCACGUUUACCAGGGGGGAUGUGUAGUCUUGAGCUUCUGAUUAAGAGGUCUUCAGCAAUUGUGAAUCCACGGUCUGCCAUCACUUCAUCGCCAGGUUCAAUGAUAUCAUAAAAUGAUGAUUCUCUUGUCAGAUGCACAUCUGAAGUUCUCCCUCCCCAUGCUUUGGAUAAGAAAUUGAAAAAACCAUGUGGUGUUAUUGAUACCAACAGCUUAGCAGUGUUGUGAUGCUUGUAGUCUGACCACGUAGCUGCUCUAAGGUUUGGGUCGCUUGGGGUUUCAAUAAAUAU